AUGGCUCCCUUUGAAUGUCUAUCCGUGGAACUUCUGGGGUAUAUCUGCGACUACGUUGCAUCUGGCUACAAGCCCAGUGUCGACUGCGAGAAACUGAGUGAAGAUCUGGACCGCUGGAAUCACAUUUUGCAAGAAAGUUCAGGUUUUGGAUGUGUUCGCCAACUCGAAAUUGGCCCGAGAGCGGAUUUGGUGCGAGAGGGCGAUGAGAAAUUCAGCGUCCAUGACAACAACCUUGACUUUGGCGGGCAGUGCCAUAGUCCAGUCAUCUCCAAGCGAGACGAUGAGUGGAAGCCCGAGCCCUUGGCUCGCUUCUUAAUCCAACUUCCAGCGCUCAGGGACAUAGUCUAUCGCUCUGACUACCAGUUCUCACCCUUCUUGCUUGACACUUUACACCGGUCUCUGCCCCGCUGCAGGCUGCACUUUCUGAGUUUUCACCUCUGCAGUCUUAUUCAGCAUAGAGACCGGCUUCAAGAUGUAGAUCCCCACGAGUACGCCAUUGCGACGUCCCCAUCCCUGCAUUGCAUUACUUUGACGCAUUAUCCAUUCAAUACCGAUGGCUUGUUGAACUACAAUGAUGUGGCCUUGAGGAAAAUUGUCGCAGGGUUGGCUCCGAACCUCAAGCGGGUGCAGCUGUUCUCCGUUCAUCCUGGAUCUAGCCCGCAGUAUGUCAACGCUUUUAGGAUGGGAAGGCCCAAAUGGCCCGGAUUUUUCCAGGGCCACCCUUCCCAGGCCACGGACAUUGGAAACCUAGAGGUUUUGGACCUUCGAUUUGGUAUCUUGGACCUUGAAGACUGGGCGAGGUACACUGCACUUUCAUCAUUGCAUGUGUUGAAAACAAACUGUGAAAUCAGGUCGUUAGAUAUGCUGAGAUGGGCAAGCGGUUGUAAAUUCACCUCACUCAAAGUUCUUGAAUUGAACUUGACGAGUAUUCAUGAAGUUCAAAAUGAAUUUAUGGAUGCAACGGCAAGCAUCUUUCUCGAGAGUCUACUUCCCCUCGAAUCACUGGGCUUAACAGGUUUCUUUGGUCACGAAACGUUUCAGGUCAUCUUGAAUCACCAUAGCUCACUGUAUAAAAUCCGGCUCUUGCCUCACCGAGACACGGCGUUUGAACCGUUUGUCCUAACCGCUGGAAGGAUUGGAGAACUGAUGAAACGCUGUCCACUUUUGAAGGAGGCGACACUACUUGUCCCACGCACACAAGGCGAUACGGAGGAAGUCAACAUAUAUAGGAUGCUUGGUUCUAUUGCCCGUCUAACAAAUAUCACGCUGCACCUUGACUCUUCCGAUUACAGUGAUCCAAGGCUCCAUAACCGUUUCAGUGUGCCGCUCGAAUAUGACCCGGAUUUACAGGCUAUGGUCCAUCCGGAAGAAAUAAAGUCCCAAGCACGAAGAGCACUGAUCAAUGCCGCAGUCGAUGAACCCCUUGCCCGUUCCAUAUACCAGGAAAUCAUUCAAGCUCAAGCCCAACACGGAAAACCCGUUCUUCAGCGGCUGAAACUACAAGUUAUCGGAGACGGCGAUUUUGGAGGUGGAGUCACUGACGGAGACCUGAUCGAAAUUUUAAACGUGAUUAGCUGCAAUUGGGAGUUUAUCAAGAACCCAUCUCAAAGAGAUGACCGCGAUGACGAUGUUGUUGUGAAAAAACUCAGCCCGAGAAACAGUGAGAGAGCCGAUAUGCUUUAUGAUCCAUGGGAAAACACAGGGCGUAAAAUGAGCUUCUAUCAGCAAAUAUUUCGAAAAAUUUGGCCUGAGAGGACAAACCACUGGACGAACGAUUGGCAUAGCCUUCCGCUCGUGUUGGGUUGA